AUGGAACCAAGGAAUGAGACCCACAGCUCAGAAUUUAUUCUUCUGGGGUUAUCAGAAGAACCAGAAAUGCAGCCCCUCAUUUUUUGGCUUUUCCUCUCCAUGUACCUCAUCACCGUGUUGGGGAACCUGCUCAUCAUCCUGGCCUUCAGAUCAGACUCCCGCCUCCACACCCCCAUGUAUUUCUUCGUCUCCAACCUGUCCUUUGUAGACAUCUGCUUCACCUCAACCACCAUCCCAAAGAUGCUGGUCAACAUCCAGACUCAGAGCAAAGCCAUAACCUUUGAAGGCUGCAUCGCCCAGAUGUAUUUCUUCAUUCUCUUUGUAGGUUUGGAUGACUUCCUCCUGACCGUGAUGGCCUAUGACCGCUUCGUGGCCAUCUGCCAUCCCCUGCACUACACGGUCAUCAUGAACCCCCGGCUCUGUGGGCUGCUGGUCCUGAUGUCCUGGAGCAUCGGUGCCUUGAAUCCCUUAUUACAAAGUUUAAUGGUGUUGCGACUGUCCUUCUGUUCAAACAUGGAAAUUGCCCAUUUUUUCUGUGAAAUCAACCAAGUUCUGCAGUGUUCCUGUUCUGACACUUUUCUUAGUGACUUGGUGAUGUAUUUUGUAACAGUGUUUCUGGCUGGAGGGCCCCUCGUUGGGAUCCUUUACUCUUACUCUAAAAUAGUUUCCUCCAUACGUAGAAUCUCUUCGGCUCGGGGGAAGCACAAAGCCUUUUCCACCUGUGCCUCUCACCUCUCAGUCGUCUCCCUGUUUUACGGUUCUGGCUUUGGAGUGUAUCUCAGCUCUGCUAUUCCUCACAGUUCACGCUCAAGUGCAAUCGCCUCGGUGAUGUACACCGUGGUCACACCGAUGCUGAACCCCUUCAUCUACAGUCUGAGGAACAAAGACAUAAAGGGAGCACUGAAAAAAAUCUUUAGGGUUGCUGCUAUAUUACAAAAAUUUUCUGGAGGCAGAAGAAGUGCUUGUAAACACAGGACUGAGUCUUAG